AUGGUGGGAGAUUACAGCGGAGCGGUGGCGGCAGCGGCUGUGCUAUCGGAUGGGAAGGGGCCGGGGGCGGAGAUGAUGGGGGAAGAAGGAUGGCAGAGCGGUAAAAUCAUCGUCCAAGAAGGAGAUGUCGUUUAUAGCCGAGGCCUUCGUUCCAAAGCUCCUCGAUGGCCUGGCCGCUUUGGCGAAGGACGAGGUGGCCAUGCUUUGGGGUGUGAAGGGCGAGAUCAAACGGCUCCAAAAAAAAAAUUUCGAACAAUCAACGACGUCCUCGCCGAUGCUGAGAGUAAAAAGAUUCAGAGCAAAGCCAUAGACAACUGGCUCAAGAAGCUCAAAGACAUCAUGUACGAUGCUGACGACAUCCUUGAGGACUGCCGGAUCGAGGCCGAGAAAUCUAAAGCUGCAGUCUCCUCUGGACGUCAACCCUGCUCCUCUUGUCGUUCUUUGUGGACGUCGGUAUGCGGUCACCGCCGCCUCUUCUCUUUCUCUUGCUUUGGCAAGACAGUAUUUGCCCACCAGAUUGGAAGGAGAAUCCAAGACCUCAACAGUAAUCUGGAGGACAUCUUGGCAGAGAAAUCUAAAUUUGAUCUCCAGCUCUCUUCCGCCGGCCGCCGCGAUGACCACCGAUCCACUUCUCGAGUUAGCAGGAAGACAUCUCCCAUAUCUGAGCCUGAUAUCGUAGGGUCCAAUAUCGAGAAGGAUACCGACAAACUGGUGGAGUUGUUACUUACGGAGGGCACUCGGGAAAAGAUUCUUGUUUAUGCCAUCGUAGGAAUCGGUGGAAUCGGCAAGACCACUCUUGCUCGGAGGAUUUUUAACGAUGCAAGGAUAGCAGCCAACUUCCCGAUGAAGCUCUGGGUCUGCGUGUCCAAAGAUUUUGAUGAGAAUAGUCUACUGAAAGACAUCAUCACUCAGGGAGGGGGCAAUCCGGGAGGCGCUUCUAGCAGAGCAUUGCUCGAGACCGAGGUGCAAAACACCGUCACAAGUAAGAAAUUCUUGCUUGUCUUGGAUGACAUGUGGGACCCAAAAGUAUGGAAUGAUUUACUCCGAAACCCCUUGCAGAGUGGGGCAAGUGGAAGUAGGGUGCUUGUGACCACAAGAAAGGAAAAUGUUGCAUCGCAAAUGAAGGCUGUAGCACCUCAUCAUAAAGUAGAGCUCUUGUCUGCUGACGAUGGUUGGGCGCUGCUACGCAAGAAGGUGGUUUUGAGCGAGGAGGAGAGAGAGAUCGAAGAUUUAAAGGAUAUCGGAAAGGAGAUUGUUGACAAAUGUGGUUGCCUCCCUCUUGCUAUUAAGACCAUUGGAGGAGUAUUAUCAACGAAGAGCAGGAACAAGAAAGACUGGGAGAUAGUGCUUAAAACCCUUUCAUACAAUGUUUGGUCUUCUGGGACCGACUUUCCGGAAGAGGUUCAACCCGCCCUAUACUUGAGUUACGAAGACCUGCCAUCUUACCUUAAGCAAUGCUUUUUAUAUUGCUCGCUGUUCCCCGAGGACCAUAUAUUCGGUCCUCAAGAACUAAUUCAUUGCUGGAUCUCUGAAGGGUUCAUCCAUGAAGAAGGAGAUCUAACACUGGAAGAGUUAGGUGAAGAUUAUUAUCGGGAACUUGUUCAGAGGAGUUUUUUCCAACCAUGUGGCUUCGUUGACGAUCCUAGUUGCACGGUGCAUGAUCUACUAUGGUCUCUUGCUCGAUUUUUAGCAGGAGAUGAGAACCUGUUGGCAAAAGAUGGGGUUGAACGAGUCCUAAAUAGUUCAUCUCCAGUGAAGCCACGUCGCUUAUGGGGCUCUGUUAUAGAAAAGCGCCAAGCAUUUAGUGAUGCAUUGGAAGGGUACAACUCCUUGAGAACUCUACUGUUAUCCAUGAGAGGAUCACCGGUGGAAGAGAAUGAUGUCAACAAUCUGAUUACAAAGAAACCGCGUCUGAGAGUACUAGACUUUUCCGGCUCUCGGCUCACAAAAUUGCCAGGCUCCUUGGGAAAUCUCAUACAUCUACGUUGUUUAAAUUUGUCAUCUUCUGGGAUAAGUGAGCUACCGGAGAGCAUAGGAAACCUGGUAAAUCUGCAGUUCUUGAUCCUCCUUGGUUGCCUCGAUCUACGCAGCCUUCCUAAAAGCAUCGGAAAGUUGCGCAACCUGAGGUUGCUUGACCUUGGGGCGACACAACUGGAGGGUAUACCUAUUGAAAUUGCAAACUUGCAUCGACUUAACAAACUGAUAGGUUUUGUGGUCAGGAACAACAAUAACAAUAGUGGUUGGUGUACAUUGGAAGAAUUGAGAUCUCUAAAAGGGCUUAAAAUGUUCGAAAUCUACAAGCUGGAGAGGGCACUGAAUGAGGGUCACGUUGGAGGACUAAAUGCACUGAGAGACAUGUUGCAGCUUGAAGAGCUACGUUUGUCGUGCGCACCUCCUAGAAUUGAUGAUGCACUAGUAUAUGAAGAGGAGAUCAAAAAAAUUGAGGUCGUCUUUGAGGUGACGCUCUGCCCACCGUCACCGUCGCGCCUAGAGUCUCUUUCGAUCUUUGGUUUCUUUGGACUCCAUUACCCGAGUUGGAUGGCAUCUAGCAGUACGGACUCGCUCCGACGAUUGGAACUCUUCAGCUGUGACAAGUGCCCGCGACUUCCACCACUAGGGAAGCUCCCCAACUUGGAUUACCUCAGAAUAUGGUCUGCAGAUGCUGUCAAAAAGAUUGGGACCGAAUUUUUGGGUCUGGAACCUCACUACUGUAGCAGAGAUCAAGGAGGCAGGAUACAAAUUUCAUUCCCUAAGUUAACGACAUUGAUCGUCCAAUAUUUAGACAGUUGCGAGGAAUGGGAAUGGGAGGUGAAGGAUGAUGACAGACUGAUAGCCUUACCAAACUUGAAAGAAUUGACACUUGAUUAUUGUCUGAAGUUGAGGUCUCUUCCUUCUGGCCUUUGUUCACCAUGCCACUACCCUAGCAAAGCUGAACAUAGGUGACUGUGCUAAUCUAAAAGAAAUCAGGGGCUUUUCAUCUGUCAAAGAAUUAAAAAUAUCUUACUGCCCUAAUCUGGAGGGUGUUUCCGACCUUCCCAGCUUGAAAACAUUGAAGUUGGAAGAUCAAGAGAUGCAGUCCCUACCAGAGUGGAUACGUGGAGGACAACCUGACUUCCCUGCACUCAACAAGCUUGAGAUCGAGGCUAACGACCAACUACUCCGCAGAUGCCUCAAGAAUGGCUUAGAUUGGCCCAAGAUUGAACAUAUCCCCUACGUAUAUGCCGGGAAUCGUGGUGGAUCCAGAUACAUCUCCAAGAGUCCCUCUGCGUUCAGCACCAACUUAAGUGAUUAUCUUGAAGAUGAGUAGACGCACACGAGAUUGAUUUAUGCAACAAGUUUGAGGAUUCUGGUGGAAGAUAUUAAUGCUCUAACCUGAUGAUAUAUAGGUCUUCGUGUAUCAGCAGGAACUAUCUUUUGUCUGUUGACAUGUAUUUAAUGUUGUUUCACCUAAAUACUGUUUUAUAAGACCAAAUAAAUUGUAAUUGUGCAUGUUGGCUGGGAAUUUUU